GGCUCGGAGCGCAGCGGCGCCGGCUCCCGCAGCCGGAGAGGAGCCAGCCCCGGGAGCCCAGCGGCGCGCACUGCCUGCAGCCGCGCUGGCGAUGCGGGGCCGCCCUGCGCCCGCCCGAGUCCCGGCCCCAGCGCCCUCGGGAAGGGGCUGAGCCACCCGCCGCCCGGAUGGGGAGCCUUGGCGCGCUCGCCCUCUGCCUGCUCCGGCUCCUGCUCCUGGGGCUGCAGCGGCCGCCCUUGCCCGGCGCUGGAGCGCAGAGCGCCGCAGGUGGCUGCUCUUUUGAUGAACAUUACAGCAACUGUGGGUAUAGCGUGGCUCUGGGAACCAAUGGGUUUACCUGGGAGCAGAUUAACACAUGGGAGAAGCCAAUGCUGGACCCAGCUGUGCCCACAGGGUCCUUCAUGAUGGUGAACAGCUCUGGAAGGGCUUCAGGCCAGAAAGCCCAUCUUCUUCUGCCAACCUUGAAGGAAAAUGACACCCACUGCAUUGACUUCCAUUACUACUUCUCCAGCCGAGAUCGCUCCAGCCCGGGAGCCUUGAAUGUCUACGUGAAGGUGAAUGGUGGUCCCCAAGGGAACCCUGUCUGGAACGUGUCUGGGGUCGUCACUGAGGGCUGGGUGAAGGCAGAGCUAGCCAUCAGCACCUUCUGGCCUCAUUUCUACCAGGUGAUAUUUGAAUCCGUCUCUUUGAAAGGUCAUCCUGGUUACAUCGCUGUGGACGAAGUUCGGGUCCUUGCUCAUCCAUGCAGAAAAGCACCUCAUUUCCUGCGACUCCAAAAUGUUGAGGUGAAUGUGGGGCAGAACGCCACGUUUCAGUGCAUUGCUGGUGGGAAGUGGUCCCAGCAUGACAAACUUUGGCUGCAGCAAUGGAAUGGCAGAGACACAGCCCUCAUGGUCACCCGGGUGGUCAACCACAGGCGCUUCUCAGCCACAGUGAGUGUGGCAGACACCUCUCAACGCAGUAUCUCCAAGUAUCGCUGUGUGAUUCGCUCAGAUGGUGGGUCUGGUGUGUCCAACUAUGCAGAGCUGAUUGUGAAAGAGCCUCCCACGCCUAUUGCUCCCCCGGAACUACUGGCAGUGGGAGCCACCUACCUGUGGAUUAAACCAAAUGCCAACUCCAUUAUUGGGGACGGCCCCAUCAUUCUGAAGGAGGUAGAAUAUCGCACGACCACAGGCACCUGGGCUGAGACCCACAUCGUGGACUCUCCCAACUACAAGCUCUGGCAUCUGGACCCUGAUGUGGAGUACGAGAUCCGGGUGCUGCUCACACGACCAGGCGAAGGGGGCACAGGGCCACCAGGACCUCCCCUCACUACCAGGACCAAGUGUGCCGAUCCUGUGCAUGGCCCUCAGAAUGUGGAGAUUGUGGACAUCCGGGCUCGGCAGCUGACCCUGCAGUGGGAACCGUUUGGCUACGCAGUGACCCGUUGCCACAGUUACAACCUCACAGUGCAAUACCAGUACGUGUUCAACCAGCAGCAAUAUGAGGCUGAAGAGGUGGUCCAGACCUCUUCCCACUAUACCCUGCGGGGCCUGCGGCCCUUCAUGACCAUCAGACUGCGGCUGAUGCUGUCCAACCCUGAGGGCCGGAUGGAGAGUGAGGAGUUAGUGGUACAGACCGAAGAGGACGUUCCAGGAGCUGUUCCUCUCGAGUCCAUCCAAGGGGGGCCCUUUGAGGAGAAGAUCUACAUCCAGUGGAAACCUCCCAAUGAGACCAAUGGAGUCAUCACACUCUAUGAGAUUAACUACAAGGCUGUGGGCUCUCUGGAUCCAAGUGCUGACCUGUCCAGCCAGAGGGGGAAAGUGUUCAAACUCCGGAACGAAACCCACCACCUCUUUGUGGGUCUGUACCCUGGGACAACCUACUCUUUCACUAUCAAGGCCAGCACAGCCAAGGGCUUCGGACCCCCGGUCACCACUCGGAUUGCCACCAAGAUUUCAGCUCCAUCGAUGCCUGAAUAUGAUGCAGAUACCCCACUCAACGAAACAGAUACAACUAUCACAGUGAUGCUCAAACCUGCCCAGUCCCGAGGAGCCCCUGUCAGUGUUUACCAGCUGGUUGUCAAGGAGGAGCGACUUCAGAAGUCUCGGAGAGCAGCUGACAUCAUCGAGUGUUUCUCAGUUCCUGUGAGCUACCGGAAUGCCUCCAACCUCGAUUCUCUACACUACUUUGCUGCUGAGCUGAAACCCUCCAACCUACCUGUCACCCAGCCAUUUACAGUGGGAGACAACAAGACCUACAAUGGCUAUUGGAACCCUCCCCUUUCUCCAUUAAAGAGCUAUAGCAUCUACUUCCAGGCCCUCAGCAAAGCAAAUGGAGAGACAAAAAUCAACUGCGUGCGUCUGGCUACUAAAGGUGCCUCCACCCAGAAUUCUAACACUGUGGAGCCGGAGAAGCAGGUUGACAACACGGUGAAGAUGGCAGGCGUGAUUGCUGGUCUCCUCAUGUUCAUCAUCAUCCUCCUGGGAGUGAUGCUGACCAUCAAAAGAAGGAAGCUGGCUAAGAAGCAGAAGGAGACCCAGAGUGGAGCCCAGAGGGAGAUGGGGCCUGUGGCCUCGACUGACAAGCCUUCCACCAAGCUCAGCACCAACCGCAAUGAUGAAGGCUUCUCCUCCAGCUCUCAGGAUGUUAAUGGAUUCACAGAUGGCAGCCGUGGGGAACUGUCUCAGCCCACCCUCACCAUUCAGACGCACUCCUACCGGACUUGUGACCCUGUAGAGAUGAGCUAUCCCCGAGACCAGUUCCAGCCUGCCAUCCGGGUGGCGGACCUGCUUCAACACAUCACCCAGAUGAAGAGAGGCCAGGGCUACGGGUUCAAGGAGGAAUAUGAGGCCUUACCGGAGGGACAGACAGCUUCGUGGGACACAGCCAAGGAAGAUGAAAAUCGCAAUAAGAAUCGAUAUGGGAACAUCAUCUCUUAUGACCACUCCCGUGUGAGACUGUUGGUGCUGGAUGGAGAUCCUCACUCAGACUACAUCAAUGCCAACUAUAUUGAUGGGUACCACCGACCCCGGCACUACAUUGCAACCCAAGGUCCAAUGCAAGAGACCGUGAAGGACUUUUGGAGAAUGAUCUGGCAGGAGAACUCUGCCAGCAUCGUCAUGGUCACAAACCUUGUGGAAGUGGGCAGGCACCCAGCGGAACACACUGUGGGAACUGCCACGCUAGGCCGUGCUGCGUCCCCCGGAAUGGUGAAGUGUGUCAGAUACUGGCCAGAUGACACAGAGGUCUAUGGAGACAUUAAAGUCACCCUGAUAGAAACAGAACCCCUGGCAGAAUAUGUCAUCCGCACCUUCACAGUUCAGAAGAAAGGCUACCAUGAGAUCCGAGAGCUCCGCCUCUUCCACUUCACCAGCUGGCCGGACCAUGGUGUUCCCUGCUAUGCCACUGGCCUUCUGGGCUUUGUUCGCCAGGUCAAGUUCCUCAAUCCCCCAGAAGCUGGACCCAUAGUGGUCCAUUGCAGUGCUGGAGCCGGGAGGACAGGCUGCUUCAUUGCCAUUGACACCAUGCUUGAUAUGGCUGAGAAUGAAGGGGUUGUGGAUAUCUUCAACUGUGUGCGCGAGCUCCGGGCACAGAGGGUCAACCUGGUGCAGACAGAGGAGCAGUACGUGUUUGUGCACGAUGCCAUCCUGGAAGCAUGCCUCUGUGGCAACACUGCUAUCCCCGUGUGUGAGUUCCGCUCUCUCUACUACAACAUCAGCAGGCUGGACCCACAGACCAACUCCAGCCAGAUCAAAGAUGAGUUUCAGACACUCAACAUCGUGACACCCCGAGUGCGGCCUGAAGACUGCAGCAUUGGGCUCUUACCUCGGAACCAUGAUAAGAAUCGGAGCAUGGAUGCCCUGCCUCUGGACCGCUGUCUACCCUUCCUCAUCUCAGUAGAUGGAGAGUCCAGCAACUAUAUCAAUGCAGCACUGAUGGAUAGCCACAAGCAGCCUGCCGCCUUUGUGGUCACCCAGCACCCUCUACCCAACACUGUGGCUGACUUCUGGAGGCUGGUGUUUGAUUAUAAUUGUUCAUCUGUGGUGAUGCUGAAUGAGAUGGACACUGCUCAGCUCUGUAUGCAGUACUGGCCUGAGAAGACCUCCGGGUGUUAUGGUCCCAUUCAGGUGGAGUUUGUCUCUGCAGACAUCGAUGAGGACAUCAUCCACAGAAUCUUCCGGAUCUGUAACAUGGCUCGGCCACAGGAUGGUUAUCGUAUUGUCCAGCACCUCCAAUACAUUGGCUGGCCUGCAUACCGGGACACGCCCCCCUCCAAGCGCUCUCUACUCAAAGUGGUCCGACGGCUGGAGAAAUGGCAGGAGCAAUACGACGGAAGAGAGGGGCGCACUGUGGUCCACUGCCUAAAUGGGGGAGGCCGCAGCGGAACCUUCUGUGCUAUCUGCAGUGUGUGUGAGAUGAUCCAGCAGCAGAACAUCAUAGACGUGUUCCACAUCGUGAAAACCCUCCGCAACAACAAAUCCAACAUGGUGGAGACGCUGGAACAGUAUAAAUUUGUAUAUGAGGUGGCACUGGAAUAUUUAAGCUCCUUUUAGACUGACUGGAUGCGGAACCUGCCAGAGUCCUGAGGCUGCUGCAGCUGCCCCUCUUUUUCUGUGACUGACAAUGACUGGUCUCAGCUCGGAGGUGGCAUACCUGCCCAGCUCCAGGAAGAAGACUGGGGGUCUCAUUCUCUGCAGUAGGCUCUGCUGCUUUUGGGGGAAGUCUGUAGCUGUGGGAGAUGCUGUUCUUAUGGAGACUAGCUUCCCUUCUAUACCUGGCAGCAUCAGGCCCACAGAAGUCUAUUCACAAGCAAGGCCCCGGACUUCUGAUUCCCAGACCUCUUGCUUUUGUUCGUUCUGAGUUUGUUACUCUCAUAGCAAGCUGACUGUGCAGGUGCUGGGGUGUGGGGAGCUGGCCAGUCCUUCCCAUACCAUCCUUAGCAGUACCAGGGGUGGACGUUCUUCUCCAUAUUAUCUUACAAAAGAUCAUAGUUUGAGGGAUCACUGGGUUAUUGGUUCCUAGGAUGUCCCACAGGGGCCUCUGGCAGGAGAGAACAGCUAAUCUGAAUCAGUGUGACUUCUGGAUGCCUCCUAGGCCAAGCAGGAAGCCUUUGCAUCUUAUACCUAACCUAUGCUGGGUUUGACUCACUACUACCUUCUCCAGCCAGGCCUUGACCUUCUGUAAUCACUCAGCAAACCUGUUGGAUUUGCAUCACAUUUCAGCAAAGGUUUCCUUGCUCUUCCAUAGUCUGGAGGGAGAGGAGGGCUCAUAGGAAAAGUUAGAGUACCUCUUUAAUC